GGCGGAAGCAAGCUCUCUGGAACCCCCUGGGCGUUUUGAAGCAGAAACAGACGGGAUGAAGAUAAAGCUCGGAACUAAGGAAGUGCCAUGGCAGGAUGUUUGUGACGUGAUUACCCCGGAAGGACACGUGGCAAUCCGAGAAGAAGAUGCCCAGAUGAUGGCCACGGUGUUCUCCUGGCGAUCGGAACAUUCAUUCAUCUCGGCGCCUCCACCCGACUUGACAAAACAGGCGAACACGAAACAAAUUGACGUUCGGAUCUGGGACCAACUUUUUGAACUGCACGUUCCACAAUAUGUGCCGAAUGAAAUCCACCGGGUAAUUGCGGAUAUUCUAACGGAAUAUCAAGGAGCGAUUAGUGUGUCAGACACUGACAUUGGGUUGUCGUUAGUAAUCCAACAUGAAAUUCAGACAGGAAAUCACUCCCCGAUUCAUUGCAAACCUUAUCGCUAUUCCUUGAUUGAACGCAAAAAGGCUCUCGAACGAAUUCGGGAGUUCGAAGCCAGCGGUUGGAUUGAACCCGCUACUGGACCUUGGUUUUUUCCCGUAGUGUUAGUACCGAAGAAGAACGGAGCAAUUCGCAUUUGCAUUGAUUAUCGCAAGCUGAAUGAAAUCACGAUCAAAGAUGUGUAUCCCCUCCCCCGAAUUGAUGAUCUGUUGGAUGCGAUUGGAUGCGCUAAUUAUUUCAGCAAGUUUGAUAUUCGGCAUGGCUUCCAUCAUAUUCUGGUAAGGGAAGAAGAUCGGCCGAAAACGGCCUUUGUGUUGUUUGAAGGCACGUGGCAGUGGGUUCGGUGUUCGAUGGGGAUUUGCAAUGCGCCUGCCACGUUUCAGCGAGCGAUGAACAUGACGUUCCAGAACUUCGUCAAUAAGACACGGCUGAUGCAAGGAAUGAUUAACUUUUGCGUGAUCGUGUACAUGGACGACAUCCUGGUCUAUUCGGAAACCUAUCACGGGCACGCGCAACACAUCGAAUGGACAUUGGAUGCAUUGAGAGACGCUGGGUUCAAGAUUGCGCUUGAGAAGAGCGAAUUUUUCCUCUCGGAAAUUUUGUUCUUGGGCUAUGUCGUGAUACGCGGAGGAUUGCGGCCAGACUCGAGAAAAGUUGCGGCGGUGAAGGAAGCUCCGGUUCCCACGUCACUGACGCAGGUUCGAGCCUUCUUGGGACUAGCGUCGUACUACCAGCGCUUCAUCAAGGGCUUUGCCGAGAUUGCACGACCACUAACGAACCUGCUACGGAAGGACCAGCCUCUCAGCUGGGACGCGGAGUGUCAGCAGGCCUUUGCAACCCUCAAGGACGCUCUGGCAACGACCCCUAUUUUGAUUCGACCGGACCUCUCGAAGCAGUUCAUUCUCAUCACGGACUGGCAACCGCAAGCUAUGUCCGCUAUUCUAGCGCAGAAGGGGAACGAUGGUCGUGAACACGUCAUCGAGUAUGCGUCACGAACCGUACCGGACGAACGAAGAAACGACUCCGCACCUCAGGUGGGAGAAGAAGAGGAGGCCGAAGAGGAAUCGGAAGGAGAAUUGAGGAGAGAGGCCGGGGAAGCAGCGGCCCGAUUGGCCGAGGACAAGGAAGAACAGCGCGAAGCAGAAAAAGAGUCGGCGGAAGCUGAAGAAGAAGAAGAAGAAGAAGAAGAGGAGGAGACUUCGGAGGAAGAGGAAGAGGCCUAUAGCGAGUACAGCGAGGGCGAGCAAAGUGAGGAGGAGGACGAAGACGACGAAGAAGUGGAAAGCGGGGACGACCAGGAGCCAACACACGACGAGCUCGAGUGGGUGCCAGGACCGGUUCGGCGAGAGGAGAACCCGAAGGCUGCUGCGCAGCGCAAGAAAGAGAUCGCGGAGGGAAAGCGGCUGGCGAUUGAUCCCGUACCGAACGAUCCUUUCAAGGAUCCCGAGCCGCCCAAGCCGGAACAUGGAGACCUUGCUGCCACGACCUCGGGAGCCGCGACGACAAGGCGGCGAUCCCGAUCCCGAUCCACGUCCCCCUCCGCCUCCGCCCGUCCCCCAAUUCGUCAACGUGUCAAUGAGGGGCUUAGCCCUUCGUCCCUGAUCCAUGUACCACCAUCCCCUUAGCUAUCUCUCUUUCAAUCAGUAUUUCCAUCGCGUCGUCUACCCCCGUA